CGUGGUCACAGUAGGAAACGUGUACUCGUAACUGCUGGAUCCCGAGACACCAAGGGAGACCCACAGUAGGAGAUGCGAGCUGCGUUGCGCCUGGCGAUAGUGGCAGUCCCUAUGGGUGUGUUGCUGUCCCGGACCAUGGCGUGGAUGUCCAGCGGAAAAACGCAUCCAGAACUCGUCGGCAGGCUAAGGGAUCACGGAGUGAUCCGCAGUGACAGAGUGUUUGAUGCCAUGCUGGCGACAGACCGAGGCCUUUAUUCUAGAGACUAUCCUUAUGCAGACUCUCCUCAGUCCAUAGGCUACAGAGCAACCAUCAGUGCUCCACACAUGCAUGCCCACGCUCUGGAGCUGCUCAGCGACAAGCUGACCGAAGGGGCAUCGGCACUGGAUGUGGGUUCGGGGAGCGGCUAUCUCACUGCCUGCUUUGCGAGGAUGACCGGGGCCGGCGGGCGAGUAGUCGGCAUCGAACACAUUGAAGAACUGGUUCAGGCAGCAAUAAAAAACGUGCAGUCUGACGACCCAGAGCUGCUUUCCUCUGGACGUAUCAACCUUGUAGCGGGUGAUGGACGGCUGGGCUACCCUGACGGCGCUCCCUAUGAUGCCAUUCAUGUUGGUGCAGCUGCUGCUACUGUUCCUAAAGCUCUCUUGGAGCAGCUGAAGCCGGGCGGGCGUUUGAUUCUCCCGGUGGGCCCCGAUGGCGGAAAUCAAGUCUUACAGCAGUACGAUCGGCAGAGUGAUGGCACCUUCCUCAAGAAAGCUUUGAUGGGAGUCAUCUACGUACCCCUGACGGACAAGAGGCGUCAGUGGCCCGGAGGUGAGCUCUGACUGCAGUGUGGUUGCCCCUGCAGGAGGUGGCGCUGGUGCUGCAGCUUCGGGGGCCCGUAGCACUUCCCUCAGAGAUUCAUCUCAGCCACCUGCCAUGCUGCGCGGUCUCCUAGCAACAACCAAGGGGCAGUUUGGUGACCUGAUUGUCUUCCUGAGUUCAAACGGUGAUCGCCGCUGGACCGUCUCCUGAUGACCUUCGUCCAAGAGUCCUCGCUGUCAGAUAAGCUAUGAUGACAGGGAGGAGAGAGAAAAAAAAGA